GCUCUGCCUCGCCCACAGCUGUCUUGGCUGCCAGGGAGUACCGGAGAUACCCGCUGCGAGCCCUUGGGGGGCAAGAGCGCUGGGCGAUCGGCUGCAGACUGCUCCCACGUUGGUCUUGGGGGGAAACCGCAGCUGAGGAGCCUCUGCAGGGCCUGUUGUCUCCUAACAGGAGCCGAAGGAGAAGGCGCUUCUGAGAACCAUGAUGUCCCUGGGUGUCAACAAAGGACGUGUGAUUCCACCUACAGAUGAGGACCGCAAGAGGAUCAUAAGGCAGAUGAAGGUUCGCACCACGCUGAAAGGGGAUAAGAGCUGGAUCCAUCACCAGAACUCAGAUUCUGAAGAGGAGAAGAAGAGCAGCCCACUGUCUGGACGGGCUGAUGGGGGAUCUUCAGACUCAGCACCUACUACACCUCAGAGCGACAGGUCUUCUGCCUCCAAGCCUCAGUCUGGUUACCUCAUCAGGGGAGUGUUCACAAGAACCAUUGAUAAGACUCCUUCCUUGCCAGAUUCUUCAUCUUCCAAUGAGGCACAGAAAAGCACUGCAGUGAAGGGAUCCAGCCAGUGCCGUUCUUCCUCUGGCUACAGGAUGACAACUGAGGAUUACAAGAAACUAGCUCCAUAUAAUGUCAAGCAAAGGUCAGUGGACUUGGAUGAGGAGGAUGUUCCUUUUACUCCAGAUGAACAUAAAAAGAGGACAGAGGCGGCCAACAGUGUCCUGAGACGCACUGCCAGCAGGGAACGUGCUUACGUCCUCUCAGCGGCCAAGAAAAGCAACGGCAGCCCAACACAAGAAUUCCCACCCUUGUUUGCCAAGAGAAUUGAGAUAGAAGAAGAAGAAGGACAGCAGAGGAGGAGUUCGACUGUGUCUGAUUCAUGCAAGUUUACACCAGAUGGCAAUAGUGCUGAAACAGGCAGUAAGAGCCAAACAACCACAUCCUUGAGUGAAACUUCACAGAGAAUCUCCACUCGUACUGAAAUCAGAAAUGGUGAAAACAGACAGGCCCCUAAUGGGAAUUUCUCAUCUGAAACUGGGUCACAGCAUGGGGACGGUGACAAACCUCUUGAGCAAAAGUCUGAGCUGUUCUCGUGGGAUGAAUUGGCCUCCAGAGCAACCACAGUUUCCACAAAUGGAAGUUACCUGGAAAACACAGAAGCCAACAAUGGAUGUUACCCACCAAAGUCUAAUGUCCCCUGUCCUCCCACUGACAGAGCCCCUGUGCACCUAGAGGACACAGAAUAUUACUUUAAAAGGUCUGCCCAAGGUUACGAAGAAGAGGACACCCCUAGAGAAAGGGGGCAUGAGAGCACACGGGCCACAGAUGAACAUAAAUCAGAGCUGCGCCUAGGAGGGUUUUCUGACUCAAACAACCAUACUGAGAAGCGAGAAGAACCUCCGGAACAUGACACCCACCCAGAGUCUCCCAGGUCAAAGGAGCACGCUGAGUUUGAGGAGAGCAUGGCUAAGUCCAGGACAUACCCCAAGGACAGCAUCAGCAGGAGCACGGACAUUAACAAGGGGAUCUUGCCCUGUGUGCAGAGUGAAGAAGCUGGUCCAAGAAGGUCCAGCUCCCUACCUGGAGAAAGCAGCAUCACUGCUCCAGAAACCCAAUGUGCAAACAAACCUGACUCAUGCCUGGAAAGGGUAACUCCAGCUUAUGAAGAACAAACCUUUUCCAUCAGGGAUGGUCACCAUGAGAGCCUGGGAGCCCUGAGACACAAUGAACCUAAUCCAAUGGCACCAAGCAGGUCCAACUUCAGCUCUAAAGAGAGUGCUCUCAGUGCAUAUGAGACCCAACAUCCCAUGCCACUGUAUGCGGACCGCCAGCUUUAUAACACCGGUGUGUCAGCACCCAGUCACAGGAUGCCAUGCUAUAUGGCCAGCCAAGUAUUCAGCACUCAAAGACCUAUCCCGGAUUACAAAGGGACAGUUUAUGAUGGGAGAAGCAGCCCUAGCAACAGCAGAUAUGACAGUGCUAGUGCCAGGGGGCACUGUGAAUUUACCCCCACUGCUGGAAGCCACUACUCUCUUACCAGAGAUACCACCAUGUCCCAGAGAAGCCACAGGGUGCCGUUCUACAUGGACAGCUCAGGCUAUAGCAGCACCAGGCUUCUCUCAAGUUCAAGUGAAAAGCUCUCCACUCCGGCUGCCACCUUGCAGUACAACAGCCCAUCAGCCUCUGGGUAUGGGCCUGACUCCAGCGCCGCCGGAAAAGGGGUCCUCUUUGUGAAGGAGUACGUGAACAGCAGUGAGUUAUCGUCCUCCCCACGCUAUGGCAGUGGCAGCCUUGUAGAUUUGACUGAUUUGGAGAGAGCAACCUCCAGCCACCACAGCUACCUGUCCAGCUCUCCCCUGCAGAGGUCCUGUGAAGCUAUUUGCAGUUACUGUGGCCGUGAGAUCCGAGACUGCCCUAAGAUCAUCAUAGAGCAUCUUAACAUCUGCUGCCAUGAAUACUGUUUCAGGUGUGGAAUUUGCCACAAAGCAAUGGGAGAUCUUCUGGAUAAAAUAUUCAUCCACCGGGACAUUGUCCACUGUGACAAGUGCUAUGAGAAGCUCUUCUAGGGUUUUGCAAAGCUGGAGACGACAGCCAGUGGAAAGUCCUCAGCAGCACAUAUCAGAAUGUAUCUAGCAGUUUCUGACUGGCCAAGAUAGCAACAUUCCUGCUCCCCCUUUCCUCAAGUUAUUUUCUCUCUCACUGCCUCAUCACGAUGAAUGAGUUUAACAUCCACUAGUUUAUGCUGUCAGCUGCAUACAAGACAAGUGUCAAUGUUAACAAGAUAAGGCAGUGUCAUCUACAAAAGAUAAGUGGGCUGAUUUUCCAAAGGUGCUGAGCCCCUCCAACUGUCUUUAGCUUAAUUAGGAUUCCCUAGUGCUCCCUGUGUUGGAAAUCAGGUAGAAGCUCCUUAGGUCUAUCCAAGCUAAUUGCGAGAAAUCUUUCUUGAUUUUUUCUUUCAUUUUGGCAAUCAGGCUGCAGCUUAGUGCCUGUCAGCUGGCACAAAGCGGGCAGAUAUGAGAAGUGUUAAACACUAAAUUUGGAUUCUUGGGAAGGUUUGAAUUUAGCUCUUAGCAGAAGCCUAUUUCUGUUUGUUUCACCCCCAAAUCCUGCCUAGAAAUAGCUUCUGCCUGAUUUCCAUUUGCUUUCCAUGGCCUUUCAGGAGCACUUGCAGACUCACUUUACUCUAAUUGUGUGUCAGCUUUAAUUUCUCUUUUCUGCCUACUCCCUAGUGGGUUCCUUCAGCAGCAUGCAUGUCUGCUGCCUGUUUGGGAAGAUAACACUCUCUUUCACCUGGUAGUCUAACUUGGCUUCUGAUGGUAAGUGUCCGCUGGCCAAACAAAAUGUGCCAGAGAAUACAUAUCUCAAUUGGUUCACCUGACAGGGAACGUUGCUCAGCUGAAUCUGAAUUUUCCCCCACCUUGCCGAGGCUUGCUGUAAUGCCUCUUUUAUUGCUGUAAGUUCUUUACAUCACAAAUGCUAACUCACAAAAUUGAACUUCUAGCAAGUGCUCUACAUACUAGAAGUCAGAAUCUCAUACUUUUAACCCUUAAUUAAGCUGCUGACAGGCUGAAUGCUGAGCCACUGAGGAAACUGAAUACUGAAGCCUAGGAAGUCAGUCUCUCUGCCUUAAAAAUACAGCUCUGAAUGUGUUCAGUUACUGUUUUCUCUCUGAAAGCAUUAGAAAUAUCUGCAAAGCACCCAACUCUUUUCUGUAAUACCUCUUACUCGGAAGUAGGUGAUGGCAAAAGCUCUAAUGCAGACUAUUGUUAGCCAGAGAAUUCUUUAUGCUCUUAGUGAUGGAAGCUGGCAUGCAUGCAAAAGCUUAGCAAGUUAGUGUUUUUACAGCACAGUGCUGCUUAGCUUUUUUUAGGCCACUGUACCAGUUAUUUAACUGAAUUAUAGGCAUGACCUUAGAAGCACUCCAUGAGGGGAACUCCAUUUGAAAUCAGUAACAGCUUUACUACUGGACAGCUUUCAGGUUGAGACUUUAAGGCCAUGUCUGCGACAGGGGCUUGGGCAGCUCCAUUUUGAGCAUGCUUAAUAUAGCCAAGGGACCAACAGCAGCCUUGAAGCCCACUACGAAAGCAUGGGGGAGAAGCCCAUAGCAGUAAUCAGAAAGCCAUGAUUUCAGAAAUGACUACUGAUUUUGGCCACCUACAUUUCUAAGUUCUCAAGUUGAGAUGUUAAAGAGAGAUCCACUUUGUGAACAGAAGAGGCUCACAAGCAUCUCGUGUUGAACCUCCCCAAAUAAGUUCCUCCCUGGUACUUACACCUGUGGCUGGGAAUGAUGGGUAUAGAAGCUGUUACAAACCUUAUUAUGCCAUGGUUGAAAGGGGAUUGUUUAAAAUGCCAAAACACAUGGGUAUAUAAUUACAGAUGCACUUGGAGAUGAUGAUCUGCAGAAAUAACCUAUUCACUGAUUGCAGAGUUCCUGAUGGGUGUGUGGCCUUAUGGGGAAAGGGUUUGGUCCAUCAUACAUUUUGCACCAUAUCUCUUCAGCAUUGUAUUUUCCUGUAGCAGUUGUUUAACCUCAAGGGCACAGCUCUAAUAAACGUUCAUAGCUCAUGUGCAACCCA